GGCGGGGUGAGAUUUAGUGACAUGUAAUUUAAUUUUUAGUGACAGCCAUGAAAAAUCGCAGACACCUUCGUCCUCCACAAACUUGCUGCACUUUCGAUCCCCCACCCCACCCCCUCUCCUUUCCAAGAAAAAAAAGGAAAACAAGAAGCUUUUUUCGUCGACCAAAAAAACAAGAGAAGCUUUUGCCAACCUCAUUACCACCAUAACUCUCUCUCUCUCUCUCUCUCUCUCUUCUCUGUGUGCAGAAAUUCAAGGAGAUCUCUGUAUCCUUCCAAACAUGCAUUUCGCAAAGCUCGAUGAUUCGCCUAUGUUCCGCCAACAGAUACAAGGGUUGGAAGAAAGUGCAGAGUCACUCAGGGGAAGAUGUUAUAAGUUUUACAAAGGAUGUCGAAAGCAUACAGAAGGGCUUGGAGAAGCGUAUGAUGGUGAAAUCGCUUUUAUAACAGCCCUCGAAACUUUUGGGGGAGGGCAUAAUGAUCCUAUUUUUUCAGAUUUAGGAGGCCAUGUUAUGACCAGAUUCACAACUGCAUUGAGAGAAAUCGCGACGUACAAGGAAGUUUUUCGUUCACAGUUAGAGCACAUGCUAAAUGAUAAGCUGAUGCACAUUGUCCAUGUUGACCUCCAUGAUGUCAAGGAAGCCCGAAAGCGUUUUGACAAGACUUCACUGGUAUAUGAUCAGGCACGUGAGAAGUUUCUGUCGCUGAGGAAGAGUACGAGGAUGGAUAUAGCUGCUAGUAUAGAGGAGGAACUGCAGAAUGCAAGAUCCUCGUUUGAGCAAGCCCGCUUCAACCUGGUUACCGUUCUAUCUGAUAUCGAGGCCAAAAAGAGGUUUGAGUUUUCGGAAGCUGUUAGUGGCAUGAUGGAUGCUCAUCUCCGUUACUUCAAACACAGUUAUGAGUUACUGCAUGCAAUGGAACCGUAUAUCCAUCAGGUUUUGGCUUAUGCACAACAGACAAGAGAAAGUUGCAAACAGGAACAGAUAUCUCUUAAUGAAAGGAUACUAGAGUACAGGAGGCAGAUUGAUCGGGAAAGUACGCAGUCCUUGAGCAGUAUCCAUGGUUCCCCCAGUGGAGAUGGUCCACAGCCUCUCUCUCGGAAAUCACAUAAAGUGAUCGAGGAAGUGAUGCAAUCUGCUGCAAAGGGGAAGGUACAAACCAUUCGGCAAGGAUAUCUAUCAAAACGUUCCUCCAACUUGAGAGGUGACUGGAAGCGAAGGUAUUUCAUCCUUGAUAGUCGAGGGAUGCUGUACUACUAUCGCAAACCAUUGACUCGGCCAUCUUAUGGGAGUCAAUCUUCUCCACAGAAGAAUAAUUACUCUGAAAAUGGCUCCGGGAUUUUGAGUCGAUGGCUUUCAUCUCACUACCAUGGCGGUGUACAUGAUGAAAAAUCUGUUGCACGCCACACCGUGAACUUGCUGACAUCAACGAUAAAGGUUGAUGCAGACCAGACAGACUUAAGGUUCUGCUUCAGAAUUAUAUCACCAAUAAAAAUCUACACUUUGCAGGCAGAGAAUGCACUUGAUCAAAUGGAUUGGAUUGAGAAAAUCACUGGAGUAAUUGCUUCACUAUUGAGUUUCCAGACAUCUGAGAGGCGUCUCUCGACUAGCCCUACAGGAAGCGACGAUCAAUUCUCUGGAAACGAGGGUAGUUCAUUAGAAAGCCCUCCUGAUGAUGAGCAGACAGCUAUUCCGGAGCUCUCACCUAAGAUCACAGCUCGUAAUUAUCUCCGAAUGUCUAAAAGUUUGCAGCCGCACAAGUUCAAACCGAAAAGUGAGAAACUGAUUGACUUACUGAGAAGAGUGUCUGGUAAUGAAAAAUGUGCAGAUUGUGGUGCACCUGAACCAGAUUGGGCAUCUUUGAACCUUGGGAUUCUUAUUUGCAUCGAAUGUUCUGGUGUCCAUCGUAAUCUCGGUGUACAUGUAUCAAAGGUUCGGUCACUGACACUUGAUGUGAAAGUAUGGGAACCUUCUGUCUUAACCUUGUUUCAAUCACUGGGAAAUACUUUCGUAAACUCGAUUUGGGAGGAGAUGCUGUAUACAAGUUCUUUGCAGGCUGAUAACAUGCCUAUAGGUUUCUCCAGUGCUGAUAGAAAUGAGCCCUUUCUUAUGAUAAAGCCAUGUUAUGACGAUCUUAUUUCGACAAAAGAGAGGUAUAUUCAUGCAAAGUAUGCAGAAAAACUUUUUGUUCGUCGUACAAAAAACAAUCAGAAGCUCCACGUAACGGGGCAACAGUUGUGCAAAAGCGUCCGAGCGAAUGACAAGAAAGCAGUUUACCGCUAUAUUAUUGGUUAUGAAGCAGAUGUUAAUGCUAGAUCAGUGCAAGCAUUAGAUGAUCAUUCCGAAGACAAGCCUUCGUCGAGUAACUUAAAUUCUGUCACUAGAAGUGAAAUUCAGCCCGCAAAAGACAGCGCUGAGGACUGUUCCCUGCUUCACCUAGCUUGCCAAAGUGCCGAUAUUGGCAUGGUAGAGCUACUUUUACAGUAUGGUGCGCACGUAAACGCUACUGAUUUAAAAGGUCAAACACCGCUGCAUUAUUGCGUUAUCAGAGGGAACAUUGCUAUUGCAAAGUUGCUUCUUGCGAGGGGAGCUGAUCCUCGAGCCACUGACAGAGAAGGUAAAACACCAAGUGAGCUUGUAUCAGAAUCCGCCUCGAAAGACAAUGGGAUGCUGGCUCUUUUAACAAACUCCGGCAGAUGAUGUUCUAAAACC